CCCUGAGGUAUAAGUCCGGACAGCUCACUCCUGACUUCAUUCAAACCUGGAGGUAAAUCACCGAGAGAAGACCCACAUCAGAGAGGACGAUGUUUUCAGAGCUUGAGUGCGGAAUUUGUUACCGGACCUACAACGCGGGUCGGCGGUGUCCCCGGGAGCUCCAGUGCAAACACAGCUUCUGUCAGAGCUGCCUCCUGGCUCUCUCCCGACAACCGGGACCCGAGGAGGCGCAUCCGGGAGCCGACAGAUUAAUCGUCUGCCCGCUGUGCCGACAGACCACAUCCAUCUCCGCCGUGGAGAAGGUGAGAGCCGAGCUCAAGGUGGACGAGUGUAUCCUGGAGCGGCUGCUGACCGCGGGAGUCCUCGACCGAGAGGAGGAGGAGGAGGAGGAGGAGGAGGUGGACCAGGAGGAGGGAGAGUGCGGCUGUGACGAUGAUGACCAGGGGGCGACGCUUCCUGACGCUCCAGCCGAGGAGAGUGACUCCUCCGCGGGGUCCAGAGGCGGGAGGUUCCGGCGGUCUUGGAAGAAAGUUUGGCGGAAGGUUAUGGGGAAGAGCUCACCACAGAACGGCGGAGAAAGAGACUGUAUGACCAGUGAUGACUUGAGGAACUUGGCCAUGAUGUCCUGCUACAUGUUUUGAUCCGCCCACAUCCUCAGAUACCCUGGACAAUGUGAUACUGUAUUUAUUUCCAAUUGCUGUCUGACAAUGACAACAGUGAUGAUGAUGUAAUCUUGCUGGCAAGACACACAGACAAGAUGAACAAGACUAUUGUUAGUAUUUCAGCUCUCUGACUGUCUGUUUUUACUACGUAGUUGUUGAAUGAGUAAAUUAAAUAGAGAACCUGUUAGUUGCCAAAGUGGCCAAUUUCAGGGCUGUAUGAAUGUACAAAUGUAUUUUAAUAUUUAUUCUCUUCAUGAAUGUAUUUAUUUUCAAAUAUUUGUUACAUAUUUAAGGAAAAAUAAAUGAAUUCUGGUUAA